GAGCGACGUGGGCCUUUGAAACUUCGCCUCAGCUAGCUGUCAGCAUAUUGCCUCUUUUCAUCCUCACGCGCUCCCCCGCUGCUUCAAAUUCUGGGGCAUUGCCGCUACACCAUGUCGGAUCCUGGCCUCACAUACAAUGGCUGGAAGUCGCCUGAGCGUCCAGCAUGGUCGACCGACGCCUUCAUGGCAAUAGAUGAGGAGCAACAGAAACCUGGUGGCGACACCGCCGCGCCGAAACCCAUACCCAAUGCUAGCACGAGCUACGAAGAUGCGCCACCAACCUAUGAGUUGACCGAGUCCCAGACUCGAGAGUUCAUCCGCACAGGGCAGCUGCCACUCAACACGGCUGCCGUGGACGACGGCUUGCGGGCAUCUCUGGAAGACGACGGUCAAUUGUCUCUCUGGGAGCGGAAGGACAAUGCAUUUGCUUCUAGUGGGGGAAACGAUGGCUUCAGUCAAGCGCAGUCUCACAAUAGCCGCACCGCCCACUCAGCAGCCGAUGACACGAUCCAGUUUCCUCACAUCACUUUGGGCGAGGGCGAUGUACUCGUUUUCGUUGACGUCCCGAAGACGAAAGUUGACAGUCGACCCGCGACAACUUGCAUCGGUGUUGCCCCUUGCAAUCAAAGCUUCAGGGUCCAUUCGGAGAAGCUCCUGGCACUGAGGGAUAGCAAGUUCCCAGCCAUGCUCGACAACGAGAUCUAUCAAGCCAGAGUUCGACGACGGCGCAAGCUCGAUCCCGAGCAGUAUCCGGGUAUACACUAUUUCUUGGACAUGACGCCACCCGUCGAAGGUGACGACCUCGUCUUCCAAAUGAUGAGCCUGUCCCUCCCCCAGGGCAUAAUGGACUGGUGGUCCGCAGACUUAUUCCAUGGCGUUGAUUCUCAACUAGUACGUGGGCACGACGAUCUUUGCUCUUGCUUCAGAGACCGCCAUCUGGCCGACCAAAAACAAGCACAAAGGAGGCUUGUCAACACUAAAACCUUGGGCAUGACCGAAGACGAGAGGGCUCUCUACUUGGAAUCUGUUGGCAUGACAGAGGACGAUCUACUUCCUGCGAAACCGCCGCUGACAUUGCCGCCAUCUGUCACGGAUCUCGAAAGACUCCGCGCGCGUGGUGCCACAGAAGUGAUCAAUACACCCUCGUGGUUCCAAAUCCCCGACUACUGCCCUUUCCGCCACUGCAACAGCAUCAUUCGCCUGUUUAUGAUCAUUGAGGACAAACCAGUAGAGUUGAAGUCGGCAGCACGCGUCUGGACCAUGGUUGGCAUCAGCAAGAUCAUGGAUUGCCCCUCGGUGGUGAGCACCCAUGUUGCAGGCUGGGUCCUAUCCAACCCCAGGUUCAUUGAGGUUCUCCCCGAGGAAGCUUUCGAGAUUGGCUUCGCUCUCCAGCUGCCUCAGGUCACUUUGGCCGCUUAUCGGAUAUUAGUCAACGAGUUGGCCCUAGAAGAAGCUGCGGAUGACAGUCGCCUGACGGCGCGGUCCCGGUUGACGAUCUUUGGCCGCCGGAAGCGCGAGAUCAGUGACGACGAGCAGAGCAACCUGAUUGAACAUGCCGCCAGAGCCUUCAUUGAACGUGUAAACAGCAACCUUGCCUGGCUACAGAGCCCUUCUCUCUUUGAUCAUCUCGACAUACCUCAAUGGGCCCACCUCCACAAAAUGAAAAGGCUUCUUGAGCUCGAAGAUGACGGCACUUUCGACGCAGCAAAGAAGGCGCUUUGUAAGCUGAUGGACGCUCUUGCGCACAAGGCAAGCCAUGCGGUCGAGAUCCUUGUCAGAUGCGGUGCCUAUGGUCGCGAAGCAAAUGCUCAGUGGGACGAAGACCGUGCAGCCGUUUUGACGCCCCAGGCCUUUAGGCCAAUCCAGGAAAUCAUGCUGACCCUGAACACAACGCAGAGGCUCCUGCUGCCUUCCUUCUACCACGACUUGGAACGACGGCUGAAAACAAUGUACCCCGGGAUGGAUUCCCUGCAUCCAGACUCUCGCCACCAGCACUUCUUGCUCGGUGAUGUCGUGCGGGAGCUGAAUAAGCUCGUUCAGGCGCAGCCAGAUAGACGGCACCGAGAAGAAUGGAACUCUGUCUUUGCGCCCGGCUUGAACAAUCUACGCCUGGCCGUCCCUUUGCUCGACAUGGAACGUUUCGGAGAUGAGGUCGAGUAUGCCUUGAAACCGAUUGUGAGGUCAUGGAAGCGCGGGGAUUUAGGAGAUAAGGAUGCCAUGCCCCAGCUCAACAUUACGAGACAUCUCCUCCUGGCCCUCACUCACAAUGAGUUGAAGUUUCUGCCGCUGUGGGCUGGCGGGAACAACGAUGGUACGGGAGGCGUGUUUGGAUCAUAUGUACCGCCGACGGACAUGGGCCCUAAUGGCCCAGGCCCGGCCUUUCAUACUGGGUGCACCAUCCCUUCUGGCCCGCCUAGCCUGUCUGAAUCACUCCUAGACGAGAUCACUGCCUUCAACAUCAAGGGCAGCACAACAGCUGGGUCCGUGGAUGUCCACGACAGUAUCUCAACAGUCUACCGCCCGGAAAAGGUCAUUGUGGCGGACUCGUCCAUCGCAUCGGAGAGCACCUCGGGCAUGGAAUCCGAGUACGAUCGCGCGCGAUUCGAGAUCCCCGCGGAGCAUCAGAACAUGGGGCAGGCUGUCGAACUCAUGGUGGACUCGAUGGAUUGCUCCGACGACACCGCUACGAUUGGCGCCGACUCGGACUCGGACCACAGCUUGGAUGACUUUGAGGAGGCCAGAAUGCAUAAAUGAUAACAGCAAUGGAUCUACUGCCAUCUCCUCGAGUGCGAAGGAGAGCAGGUCUCAGCUCCAACAUCCGACGACCAACGGCGCGUGUGCAUAUCUUGGAAUUCUCUUGGGAAACACGAUAUGAACUUGGUAUGCAAGAACUAAAAAGAGCGAGGGCGAUGACGCUUAAUAAUGAUGAUCACGACGAGACGACUGUUACGCAGCGUACAAAUAUACAAACCAACCGAAGCCUGAACGCCAUGCAUGCAUAACCCUGUCUCAUUACACAUGAUCAGCCCAUGUUCAUCGUAUUUCCCGAGCCUUUGGGGUUGUUGUCCUUGAACUCGUCCCAGUCUCUGGCCUUGUACAUUUCCCUCUCCAUCGCCUCGUAGUCAUCC